CUGUCAUCUAAUGUUACAACAGACGUCAAGACUCAAGGUAGAAUUAAUAUUGUUUUCAGUGCCGUUUCAUUGAUUUAGUAUUUCCUACAGACAAGUGGACUCUUAAAACUACAAAAAUGACAACCUCUGACCUACGGACGUUGUUUCAAGCGAAAUUAAAAGAAAAACCCGAUCACGAUUUUCAUCCUUUAGACUUAGAACGGGUAAAAGAUGAUAAAUAUUUAAAAAGAGUUCUGAAACACACUGAAAAUGAUCUUAAACAAGCUUGUGAUAUGUUAUGGGAUAUAUUUACUUGGCGGAAAUCGGUUGGGGCAAACGAAAUUAAUGAAGGUACGAUUUGUAUGGAAUACGUAAAUGAAGGGAUAUUCUUUCCCCAUGGAAGGGACAUCGACGGGUGUUUGUUACUGAUAAUAAAGUCGAAAAAACAUGUAAAAGGCGUUAAAGAUUUUGAGGAACUCAAAAAAAUAAUUAUUUAUUGGUUCGAUCGAAUUGAAAGAGAGGAAAAUGGUAAUAAAGUUACAUUGUUCUUUGACCUCGAUGGAUGUGGCCUCAGCAACGUCGACAUGGACUUGACCAACUAUUUGAUAUCGCUAUUCAAAAGCUUCUAUCCUAGUUUUUUGAACUACAUAAUCAUUUUUCAAAUGCCCUGGGUUAUGUCAGCGGCUUUUAAGAUUAUUAAAUCAUUAUUACCAGCCAGAGCUGUGGAGAAAAUGAAAUUUGUCAAUAAAGAUUCUUUAAAUAGCUUAGUAACCCCUGAAAAUGCAUUGGAGUGUUGGGGCGGCACUGAUAGCUAUGAAUUUGAAUUUAUUUCCGAAAGCCGUAGUGCUGAACACACACCAAAGAAAGUAACAUUUGCUGAACAAGGUGACAGCCACUCUCCUGGUGAAAUGCUACGACUCAAUCCAAACAACUUGAUUAUAUUUAAAACUGAAAACGAAGAAGUGACCGGCCAGUUUCUGAUAACAAACAUGGAUGAGAGCGCUGUUUCAUUCAAAAUCCGGACGACAUCUCCUGAGAAGUUUCGUGUGAGACCCAGCUCGGGUAUAUUAGCUUCUGGAGCAACGCAAACUGUAGUCAUUGUCGUCCAACCAGGCUUCCAGCUACGUAACGUCAUGAAAGACAUGUUCUUAGUCAUGUCGGUACAAAUACCAAAGACAGAUCUAACUCAGAAAGAAAUAAGCGAGAUCUGGCAGAACUCCUCAGGCAGUAAAGUCGACGAGUACAGAUUGAAAUGCCAGUUCCCCGUUAAAGACUUACCCAAGAACGGCAGCUUAGCUGAAUCAAAGCAUCAAGAUAAACCUGAUUCAAUUGUAAACGCACUGAACAAUCUUCAAAUCAAUUACGAAAUACUACACGGUCAAGUCGAUAAACUUAAGAUGUAUCAAUUGCUAACAAUGAUUCUUACAGCGUUUACAGUUAUUUUGGGCUAUAUGAUUUACCAAAAUACGAACGAAGAUAAAUACUGUGACCGCAUCUAGCCUUUAAACAUAGUGGUUGUUUACACCACUGUCGAUAUUGAUGUCAUCUUUUGUAGCUUGGUGAUAUUCUUAUUGUUAUUAAACACAUUCAUGUAUGUUAGGUAUUGUAUUUUGAUGCAUAUAAUCGAAAGAUUGCAUAUGGAGUAAAAAGUUUUUAGUUACCAUUAGAAAAUAUUUUUAUAAUUAAUAAAAGUGUCAUGAUAUUUAAUUUUAGAUUUGCAAUCUGUUUGGCUGUCAUGUAAACAAACAGCUGAACGAUUUUAUAUAACAAUUAUUGCUCUCAUAUUGCAAUUUAAAAAAGUUGUAAGGCAUGGUAAAAUAGAUGUAUAAUUAUGAUGUUUAUCUAGUGUUACGCGGCUGUUGUAUAAAUGAGAUGAGAGAUUGCAAUAAUUUAACAAUCAUUGCUAUACUAUUGCAAUUUAGAAGCAAUUGCAAUGCUUGCUAAAUAUAUAAAGCUAUUGCUACUAAACUGUUUCUGGUUCUAAAAUAGCACCAAUAAUGCAAGGUGUAUUCAACUACUGAUGAACUAUUGGUUUUGUGUGGUAUGGUUAAGAGCAAUCAAUUGUGCGAAAAUUGCACGAUUGUCGCAAAUUGCCAUGAACUCGUCGUUUUAACAAAGGAAAGGAGAGGAGAGUACUGUUUUUAAAUGUAAAUAAGUAUGGUUUUUUUAACAUGGUCUACUCCUAAAUGUUUUAAAGAAUAUGGUAAGAGAGUGAAAUAGGGUAUUAUAUUUAUGGCAUAUGCAUAUCAACUAGAGUUUUGUGGUAUUAAAUUUUGGCAGGGACUUUUUGAUUGUUAAAUUUUUUAUUAUCUAUUUAUAUGAAGUUAUAAAAUAAAGACAGUUUAUAAUAAAAACAA